AUGUCCAAAGGACCUCUCCUCCUCCUCUGGCUGGUGGCGGAGCUUGGGUGGCUUUUUCUGAUGUCAGCUGCUUCAGAACUGACUGUGACAGGGUUUUUGGGUCAGUCGGUGACUUUGCCCUGCCUGUACUCAUCCUGGUCUCAGAGAAGGAUUAGCAUGUGCUGGGGCAAAGGCUCAUGUCCCAAGUCUAAGUGUGGCCAGGAGCUGGUCUACAAAUAUGGGAUGGCCAUGACCUCCAGCAAGUCAUCAAGAUACAAUCUUUGGGGAAAUAUCCAAGAAGGCGACCUCUCCUUGACCAUCUCAAAAACCAACGAGGGUGACCGUGGGUUGUACUGCUGCCGCAUAGAGGUGCCUGGCUGGUUCAACGAUGUGAAGAAGAACAUCCGCUUGGAGCUGGUGAGAGCCCCAACCACCACAAUAACCUCUCGCAUAACCACCACCCGUCGUGUGACAACUGCCACCCCUCGUGUGACAACAGCCACAACGCUGUUUCCGACAACAGUCAUGACCACACCUGACUUAACAACUGGAACACCACUUGAGACAAGGAUCACUUCUGUCCUCUCAACUACCACAACCACGUGUCCCCUGACAAUGUCCAGCUCCCUCCCCGAGGGAAACACAGGUCUUCUGCCCACUGACACUGUCACAGAAGGGCUUGUUAUCACUGAAGGAUUGGAAGCUUUUCCUCAUCCCAGUGACUCCUCAGGAAGCACCAAGGCCCCUUCCACAGCCCCUCCCCUGCUCACAUCUGAAGCAUCUGAUAAAUCCAUAACUGCGCAGAGUAAAGAUGAACCAAGUGAGAGAGAACAGGUGGACAAGCACACCAGUAGCCUGAUCACUGCUGCUGGCCUGGGCUUGCUGCUGCUCACGGCCUCACUGCUGGCCUAUUUCCUUAGAGGGAAAGUCACGAGAAGCAAUUGUUUGCAGAAACACAAGAGGCUGGACCACGCUGGGGAGAGACAGGACGUCCUCAACGAUGCACAGCACGCCAGAGAUGACGAGGAUGGGCUCUUCACCCUCUAACCUGCUACUCUUCCUUAGGCUUGAGCAUG